GUUGGGCCAGAAAUCAUCAAAGCAAAAAAAUCACCAAGGCGAGAGUUAGAAACUAUUAAAGCGAUGGUUAAUUAUUUUAAACUUGUUAUGUGUUGGGUCAGAAAUCAUCAAAGCGAAGAAAAUAUUGAAGCGAUAGUUAAUUAUUUUAAACUUGUUAUGAGUUGGGCCAGAAAUCUCCAAAGCGAAGAAAUCACCAAAGCAAAGGUUGGGCCAGAAAUCACCAAAAUGAAAGCCAGAAAUCAUCAAAGUGAAGUUGGGCCAGAAAUCAUCAAAGCGAAGAAAUCAUCAAAGCAAGGGCCAGAAAUCAUCAAAGCGAAAUUAGAAACUAUUAAAGUGAUGAUUAAUUAUUUUAAACUUGUUAUGGGUUGGGCUAGAAAUCAUCAAAGUGAAGAAAUCAUCGAAGCGAAGAAAUCAUUAAAGCAAAAACCAGAAAUCAUCAAAGUGAAG